AUGGCUGAUACCUCUGCCGCUCCCGCUACUACUGCUGCUGCUCCCGCCAGCCCGGCCAAGGCCAAGAAGGCCAAGGCCCCCAAGGCUGCGGGUGCCAAGAAGGUGGUGCCUGCUCACCCCCCGACGGCUCAGAUGGUGAACGCCGCCAUCAAGAACCUGAAGGAACGUGGAGGCUCUUCCCUUCAGGCGAUUAAGAAGUACAUCGCCGCCACUUAUAAGAUCGACGCCGAGAAAUUGGCUCCUUUCAUCCGUAAGUACCUGAAGUCUGCUGUCGCCGCUGGCAAACUUGUCCAAACCAAGGGCAAGGGUGCUUCUGGCUCAUUCAAGUUGAGCGCUACCACCGCUGCUCCUAAGAAGGAGAAGGUGGUAAAGCCCAAGAAGCCCGCUAGCGAGAAGAAGGUCAAGAAGACCAAGGUCGUGAAACCCAAGAAGGCCACUGGUGAGAAGAAAGCUGCUGCCAAGCCCAAGAAGGUGGUCGCCGAGAAAAAGGUCGCUAAGAAGCCCGCCGCAGUCAAAAAGGCCAAAUCUCCUAAGAAGGACAAGAAGCCCAAGACCGCCGCUGCCAAGCCCAAGACCCCCAAGGCCAAGAAGGUAGCCGCAAAGAAGCCCGCUGCCAAGAAGGCCGCCCCUAAAAAGGCCGCCGCCAAGAAGGCUUAAGCCUUCUCCACCAGUUCCCCCAAAAUCAGCCCUUUUCAGGGCUACCAAAUAUUUCUAAAGAGCAACGAAAGCAAUGAUCAACAUAAAUUUUUCUAAAUUUAUUUUAUUAAAUGAGUUGGAUCGUUCUACGGGAGCAGAAGUCAGUGGGACU